AUGCCAUUCGCCACUGGAGAAGAGAAUUUGCUCCAUUUAAAUCAAGAAAUCUUUGACUUCAAUAUCCAAUUUGAGCAGUUGUUCUUCUCCAUCAUUCCGUCCGCUUUGUUCAUCGUAACAUCACUAUGGCGCACAAUGUCCCAGGCACGAAAGCCCACCGUGGUGAAUGCUCCAAUUUUCCAGUUGAUAAAAUUGGGUGCUAUCUCAACCUAUGUUGGACUUGAACUUUCACUACUCAUAUUAGUUGGGGCUGGGUCCUUCGAUGUGACCGCGAUGUUUAUUGCAUCAUCGGUCCUCAACCUUGUCUCAGCGCUACUCAUGAUCAUGCUGAGUGUGGUUGAUCACAGCAAAAGCCCGAGGCCAUCUAUACUGCUAAGCAGCUACUUGUUCCUGACCCUUUUCCUGGAUGUGGCGCAGGCAAGAACACUGUUUUUGUCAUCGGAUGACAGGUCGGAACUCACUUAUAGUAGCAUCUUCGUAGCUGCUAUAGCGCUGAAGACCGGAAUAUUGUUACUAGAAGCCCAGCAAAAGUCCAGAUGGGUGGGCUGGGACAAGAAGGAGCAUAGUCCAGAAGAGACGAGUGGUAUCUUCUCGUUAGGUGUCUUCUUUUGGCUGAACAAGAUCUUUUUGGCUGGCUACAACAAGGUCCUGACUAUUGGAGAUCUUUACCCUCUGGAUAGCUCCUUUACCGCCAGUUCGCUUCACGACGAGUUCUCGGAGAAUGUGAAUUACUCUGAAUUCAAGGGCGACAGAUUUGGGUUGGUGAAGGUGCUUAUUCGCACAUUAAAGGUUCCUCUUCUACUUCCUAUACCUCCGCGGUUGGCACUUCUUUGUUUCACAUUCUGUCAACCGCUUUUCCUUGAAAAGCUAUUGAAUCAUUUAUCCCAGUCUGAACUCGAUGCGAACAUGGGAUACGGGUUUAUUGGUGCUAGCUUACUUAUAUACUCGGGACUUGCUAUAUCUACGGGCUUCUACUGGUAUUUCCACCAUCGAAUGCGCACUAUGGCUAGGUCAAUACUAAUUACGGAAAUUUUCCUCAAAGCCACGAAAGCCCGUAUCGGGACUGGAGAUGACAGCGCCGCUCUGACUUUGAUGAGCACAGACUUGGAGCGAAUUCAGAUAGGCUUCAGAAGUCUCCAUGAGAUUUGGGCGUGCAUAAUUCAAGCAGGUCUUGCCGGAUGGAUGUUGUACAACAGAAUUGGUGUAGUGUUCGUCGCACCAAUGGGAGUUGUCAUAGUCUGCUUCAUCUGCUUGGGGAUCCUCAUAAAUUUCACCGGGGAUUCGCAGCGGUCGUGGAUGGCAGGCGUACAAAAGCGGGUAGGCUUAACGGCCACAGUCAUUGCCAGCAUGAAGAAUUUGAAACUCUCUGGCCUAUCUGCUGCUAUUGGCAACUUCGUGCAGAGACUUCGCGUGGAAGAGCUAGCGACUGGAAGCCGAUUCCGCAAAAUUGGCAUAAUUGCGGCGGUUUUAGGCUUUCUCCCGGUGCUACUAGGCCCGCCAUUAGCAUUCGCAUUUACUCAAACAAACUUCGAUGCCUCAAGGAUAUUCACUAGUCUCUCUUUUUUAACGCUGUUGACAAAUCCGUUGUCACAGGUCUUUCAGUCUAUCCCCGCAAUUGUCUCUGGAUUGGCUUGCUUGGGUCGAAUCCAGGCUUUCUUGGAGUGCGAGACUCGGCAUGACUUCCGCCAAGUUCUUGGUGAUAUAAGACAGAAUGUUGAGAAGGCUGGAGCUGCGAACGAAACUUUGUCUGACCCCAAAUUGGACUUAAAGCACCCUGUCGUGAUCACGAGUGGAAACUUUGGUUGGGAGGCAGAUAAGUUCGUGCUGAAGAAUGUUAAUACUCGAGUACCUAAAUCAUCACUCACUAUUGUUGUUGGACCUGUUGGAUCUGGGAAGACCACGCUAUGCAAGGCGCUACUUGGAGAAAUACCUUUUAGCGAGGGAAGCGUGGUUUUGGGAAAUAGCUUUCCUCACGUUGGAUUUUGCGACCAAACAGCAUUCCUCUCGAACGGAUCAAUUAGGGACAACAUCAUAGGGUUCUCUCCACCCAAUGAGAGGAAGUAUACCGAAGUUAUUGAGGCUACCUCUCUGAGCUUCGACUUUGCCACACUACCGCAGGGAGACCGAACAAAUGUCGGUUCCGAUGGAAUUGUCUUAUCCGGGGGCCAGAAACAACGUGUUUCUGUUGCUCGAGCUCUAUACCUACAAUCUGAUCUUCUAGUGCUAGACGAUGUCUUCAGUGGUCUGGAUGCAGACACCGAGGAGCAGGUCUUCCAGCAAGUCUUCGGACUAGAUGGAUUACUCAAGCGGCGAGGCACUACAGUCGUUUUAUGUACCCACAGUAUUGGGCACCUCCCUGCGGCAGAUCAUAUAAUAGCACUCGAAAACGGCACCAUUGUCGAGCAAGGUACCUUUCAAACACUGAUGACUAGUCAGGGAUAUGUUGCACGGCUGGGGUUGAAAGGCUCUUCUGAUAGCGCUGCUCCUACCGAGCAAAAAUAUUCAGAGAAGAGAGCUCAGAAAUCAAAGCCACAAGUAAUACAUACGACGAUAGCGAAUAUAUCAUCCUCCGCACCAGAUACGGAAACGGAUACGUCCCGGCAGUUUGGCGAUAAAACGGUAUACAAGCAUUAUUUUAGGAGCAUGGGACUAUUUCUAGCAGCAUGCAGUCUAUUCCUUAGUGUCCUUUGGGGGUUCUUCACAAACUUUCCAACAAUUUGGCUUACAUACUGGACUGACGAUAUCUCCUCGGAACAUCAAGUGCACUCUUAUGCUUACUACGCUGGGAUAUACGCUUUGCUUCAAAUCUGUGGCUUGAUCUCGCUAUUUGCUCUCGGCAUCUCGAUCUUCGUCGUUUCUGUGAAAAGAGCAGGUGCUAGUCUCCACCAGGAUGCCUUACGAACACUUAUUCACGCACCGCUAAGCUUCCUCACCAGGACGGAUACUGGUGUCGUCACAAAUCUCUUCUCGCAGGACCUAAAUCUUAUAGACACAGAGCUGCCAGAUGCAACUUUGAACACACUUUUUGCCUCUGCAAUGACUGCUACUCGCCUUCAGAGCCCCCAGAUUUUGCCCAAUUAUCUGACAAAGAUUGCAGGUCUUCCAAGCUCUCGGACAAGCCGCCGUUAUGCUUACAUCGUCUGUCUACUUGGCUAUAAGCUACCCAUUUCUCAUCGCCCUACUAGGUUCUAUCUUCGGACAUCCAGACAGCUUAGGUUGCUAGACCUCGAGACUAAAAGUCCCUUAUACACACAUUUCCUCGAUACUGUUAAAGGAAUUAUAACCCUAAGGGCUUUCGGUUUCCUCCCCAACGACGUCGAAAAGAAUAAUCGCCUAAUCGAUGACAGCCAACGACCCGCAUAUCUUCUCCUCAUGAUCCAACAGUGGCUCAACCUUGUUCUUGACCUUGUAGUCAUGAUAAUAGCAGUGGUGAUAACAGCUCUUGCCGUUCAGCUUCACUCUAAAUCUGGCUUUGCCGGUGCCUCCUUGUUCUCCCUCAUGAGCUUUGGAGAAAACAUAUCGGGCAUUGUCACAUAUUACACCAAGCUAGAGACAUCUAUUGGAGCGAUCGCUCGUCUCAAGAUGUUUAGUGAAGAUGUGAAGCCUGAAGAUCGAGACGAGGAGGAUAUUGUUCCACCAGCACUUUGGCCUCAAAACGGUGUGGUGGAAUUGAUAGGUGUAUCUGCAACUUACAGCUCAGGAGAUCAGCUUGACAGCACGUCCAACUUAGCCCUCCGCAACAUCCACCUCACUAUCAACACAGGUGAGAAGAUCGCUAUUUGCGGUCGUACCGGAAGCGGCAAGUCCAGCCUCAUCGCCCUGCUCCUUAAGCUCCUCGAUCCUAUCCCCGAGACAGCUGGGAACGCAGCUAUUGAUAAAACGCCGCUCCACCGUAUAAACCGAGCUACACUCCGCGACCGCAUAAUCGCCGUACCCCAAGAAGCUGUUUUCCUGCCUGAUGGGUCAACAUUCAGAGCGAAUCUAGAUCCGUCCAAUAUCUCAACACCUGAGGAGUGCCAAGCUGUGCUCGUCGCCGUGAACCUGUGGAAGUUUGUCCAGGAGCGUGGUGGUCAGGAAGCAGGUAUGAGCGCGGGGACACUCAGCGCCGGACAACGGCAACUUAUGUCGCUUGGGCGUGCGCUAUUGAGACGUUUUCUUCGUGCGCGAAAUGGCUCGGAUCGCGGUAUAUUACUGUUGGAUGAGGUGAGCUCGAGUGUUGACCGUGAAACGGAACGCGUGAUGCAAGACAUCAUCAGGGUAGAGUUUAAGGACUAUACGGUUAUCGCGGUCAGCCAUCGGCUAGAUAUGAUUAUGGACUUUGACAGGGUUGUUGUUAUGGAUAAGGGGGAGAUUGUGGAAGUUGGGAAUCCUCUGGUGCUGGCCGCACAGGCGGAGACGUGGUUUGGGGAUCUGGUUAGGGCUGGGGCUCAAUAG